AUGGAAGAACAGGUGUUCAAGGGGGACCCGGACACCCCGCAUUCCAUCUCCUUCUCCGGCAGCGGAUUCCUCUCCUUCUAUCAGGCCGGGGCGGUGGACGCCCUACGGGACCUGGCGCCCCGGAUGCUGGAAACGGCCCAUCGCUUCGCCGGGACCUCGGCAGGUGCGGUGGUUGCCGCCCUGGUCAUCUGCGGGAUCGAAAUGGAUGAGUACCUCAGAGUUCUCAAUGUGGGUGUGGCUGAGGUGAAGAAAUCCUUCCUGGGGCCCUUGUCCCCAUCCUGCAGGAUGGUGCAGAUGAUGAGGCAGUUUCUGUACAAGGUCCUGCCUGAGGACUCCUACAAAGUCACCACAGGGAAGCUGCAUGUGAGCCUGACCCGGCUCACGGAUGGAGAGAGUGUCGUGGUUUCAGAGUACACAUCCAAGGAAGAGCUCAUCGAGGCCCUGUACUGCAGCUGCUUCGUUCCUGUGUACUGCGGCCUCAUCCCCCCGACUUACCGCGGCGUGAGGUACAUCGACGGGGGCUUCACAGGCAUGCAGCCCUGCUCCUUCUGGACCGACUCCAUCACCAUCUCCACCUUCAGCGGGCAGCAGGACAUCUGCCCCCGGGACUGCCCAGCCAUCUUCCACGACUUCCGCAUAUUCAACUGCUCCUUCCAGUUCUCCCUGGAGAACAUCGCCAGGAUGACCUAUGCACUGUUCCCCCCGGACCUGGUGAUCCUGCAUGACUACUACUAUCGAGGAUACGAAGAUGCAGUUAUGUACUUGAGGCGGCUGAAUGCUGCUUACCUUAAUUCUCCCUCCAAGAGAGUGAUUUUCCCCCGGGUAGAAGUAUACUGCCAGAUCGAGCUUGCCCUUGGCAGUGAGUGCCCUGAACACCGUGAACCUAGCCUCCAAACAGAGCAGGCCAGUCUGGAAGACUCCGAACAACUUCAUGCACAGUGGACUCCCAGAGGGGAUGGAAGGGGUGGCCGUGGUCCACCUGUGAACUCACCUGUGCAGACACCUGAACCCACGUGUGAGUGGCCUGUGGAGUCACCUGCUUCACCUCGUGUCUCUUCCUGUGAGCAGUCCCCUGCAUCACCGCUGGCCUCAUCGCCAUCACAUUCUCCAAAUGACUUGCCACGUGCGUCUUCUGUGUCACUCCCAGUUGUGCCCUCACCACCCAGCCCUUCCCUGCCCAUUGCACCCCCUGGACAGUUACCUGUGUCACCACAGCAGCAGGUGCCACCCAGAUCCCCACCCUCCCAGUCAUCCCUAUCACCUGGGCCAUCCCUGGGGCCGUCAGCUGUGAGGCCACCUCAGACAUCGACCCGAGGUUCACCUUCAGCAUCAUGUGCACAGCCGCCUGGGGAGGACCCGGACUCAGAGCAGCCCCAAGUAGCUCCCCUUGCCUCUUCAAAUCCCAAAAGUACCACCCUUCUGCUUAAUGUGAAGGAAGCCAUCUGCAAGCCGUAUGCAACGGAGAGCCCUGCUGAAGACUCCAACUGGGUGAACAGUGUAUUUAAGAAGAACAAACAGAAGACAGGUGGCACCAGAAAAGGCUUCCCAAGACAUCCACGAUCCAAAAAAGCAAGCAGCAGAGUGCAGUCUGUUCCCUGCCCCCUCGGCUUGCCUCUGCGCUCUGCUUCUGAGACAGUUUGGGCCACCUACAGGCCUCACCCAAGCCGGAUCCAAGAAUUCAGCCGCCCUGAGGAAGCUAUGACCCGAGAGAGGGAACCUGACCUGAAACGGGAGAGAACCUGAGCCUGCUGCUCUCAGCUGCCCUCUCCUGACCCGAGGCCUUUCGGGCAUCAGGGGCAACAGCCACUGCCAGUCCUUGUCUAAUCAGCCUCUCGGCCUCCCUGGGAUCCUUCUGGAUCUUCCACAACCCUGUUCUCAACAGAUGUCAACACGCUGCUAAAGAGAACUUGGCACAGACUCCCCUUGGCUGCUGGGCUCUGGUCCUUCCUCCCACCCCGGCUUGAUGGUUCCAGCCUCCCCAGGACCCAGUUCCACCAGCUUGGUCAGGGGUCUGGCAGGACAGAACAGGGGUGCCCCCUCCUGCUUCCUCUGGUGUGACUACCAUACC